UCUAAUUCAAUUUUUUCUUCCAGUUUGCUCCACAGACCACCAACCCAACUACAAUCAGACGCUCGAGUAAGAAUCCUGUGCGUACUAUUCCUCUACCGGUUGACUAAAACCAGUCAUCCUGAUGCUACCCUAUUUAUUCUGAAACUCGAGCGCAUGCUGGUUGAAAAAUUCCUACAGAUAACCAAAGCCAAGGAACGAUACUACGCCGACUCACAAACCCAUCGACACAAACUGCGAAUAGUCCAAGCUCUUUGUGUGGUAAUCAAGCUAACAGGAACAAAACCGUACUCCCUGUUAGACAUAGUCCUGUACGAGACAAAUCAACCGAACAUCAACUACCUCAUCGAGUUGAUUCUUGCAGACUCAACAAUCGAUACUCUAACCAUUAUCAACUCCCUCAAGAAUGACAAAGUCAAAGUGUCCGGCGUGCAGUCAGUGUUCGUCAUUCUAUGGUUACGAUGCUGCAAAACCAACUACCUCGACGCGGAAUACAUCAACUUUUUGUUGCCGUGGACUAUGGCACAGAACUUUUCUACGCGCUUGUACGCACAGAUCACCAUAUCCAAACUGUUGGAAAAGUUCUACGAUAAGCCCACCAAACCAGACCAAUGCCCUUUUAGUAACAUUUUCAGUGCAAUCAACAGUUACCUCAAGCAAGGCAACGUGGAGAAGAAUUUGGAGAAAUGUAUGAAAGACUUCCGCUUCAACAGCAUCUUCGAUUACGACAAUCUGCUGACGCUGGAAAACGUGUUCCACAAUAUUCCCAAAGUGUCUGGGAUGGCUUCGGAGGAUGUUGUUGGGACUAAAAUUCUUAGGGAGUGUUUUGAAACAUUGCGGUUGAGCGAAGUUAAUUUGGGGGACGCCCUGAAAUUCGAUUAUUUGACUAGUGAGAGGAAGGAGAAUUUGUUCCUGAACCAAGGUUUUGGCGGAGCAGAUCAUAUUCAGAAAAAGAUAGUCCCGCUGAAGUGUUUGGAGCCAACGUUGGAACUGCUUACGAAUUUGCCAGAGAAGCUGCGCUUGAAAAAGAAAGGCAAUGUCGAGGGCUUGAUCGUUGUAGCAAGUCUAGUCAACAGAGCGCCAAAUUUAGGUGGCUUAGCUCGCAGCAGCGAAAUAUUCGCGGUGAAACAGUACAUCGUUAAUUCGUUGAAGGAUUUGGAGAACAAAGAAUUCCAAGCGCUGAGUAUGACUGCGGAAAAGUGGUUGAACGUUGCGGAGCUGAAAUCCUUCCAGAUUGUCGACUAUUUGCUGGAGAUGAAAUCAAAAGGAUACUCUGUCGUUGGUGCAGAACAAACGACUGGAAGCCGACCGAUACAACAGAUAGAAUUUCCGAAACGCUCGAUUCUGGUGCUGGGGCAUGAGAAGGAAGGACUUCCUGCGCACAUAAUUUCCCAUUUGGAUAUAAUAGCGGAAAUUCCACAGUUCGGAGUGGUUCGGUCUUUGAAUGUUCACGUUACUGGUGCUAUUUUUAUGUGGGAAUACGCUAAACAGCAUCAUGUGGUUGAUCUAUGAAAUCGUGGGACAAUAUAUUUUUGAAUUUUUACCAGUA